UUGUUCAUAGUUCAUACUUAAUUUUCAUCACUAAUGGCUAACUUUGGUGAGUAUUUUGUCUUCCUUCUCAUUUGGCUUGCUUCAAUCUUCUUGUUACGUGUAAUCAUCACUAGGUUUCGCAUCAAGGCACGCCUACCACCAAGUCCUAGAGCCCUACCUGUUUUAGGGCACCUCUACCUCCUCACCAAGCUCCCUCACCAAGCAUUUCACAACAUCUCAUCCCGUUAUGGCCCUUUGGUCUACCUCGUGUUCGGUUCCAAACCUUGUGUUCUUGUUUCAUCACCCGAAAUGGCGCGACAAUGCCUCAAAACCCAUGAAACAUGUUUCCUUAACCGACCCAAAAGGACCAACGUGGACUACAUCACGUACGAUUCUUCAGAUUUUGUGUUGGCACCCUAUGGACCUUAUUGGAGGUUCAUGAAAAGGCUUUGCAUGAGUGAACUCCUUGGUGGACGCAUGCUUCAUCAGCACCUUCCCAUUAGAGAAGAGGAAACGAGGUUGUUCUUGAAGAGUAUGAUGCAAAAGGCUAGUUUGAAAGAGGAGGUGAACAUAGGCAAGGAGCUAUGCAUGUUGACAAAUAACAUAAUCACGAGGAUGGCUUUGAGAAGAAGGUGUUGUGAUGUUGAAGGGGAGGGACACCAAUUGAUUGAGUUGGUGAAAGAGAUGACUGAGCUUGGUGGCAAGUUCAACUUGGGAGACAUGUUGUGGUUUGUUAAGAAGUUGGACUUGCAAGGGUUUGGUAAAAAGCUUGAGAGUGUUAGAAGUAGGUAUGAUGUUAUAAUGGAGAGGAUCAUGAAGGAACAUGAAGAUGCAAGGAGGAGGAAAAAGGAAAUGGGUGGUGAUGGAGAUGAAGUGAGGGAUUUGCUUGAUGUUCUACUUGAUAUCUACAACGAUGAAAGUUCAGAGAUUAGAUUAACCAGAGAAAAUAUCAAGGCCUUCAUUAUGAACAUGUUUGGUGCUGGAACUGAGACAUCAGCCACUACAAUAGAAUGGGGUUUAGCUGAACUAAUCAACCAUCCAAAUAUUAUGCUAAAAGCUAGACAAGAGAUUGAUUCAGUGGUUGGUAAUACUAGAUUGGUGGAGGAAUCAGAUAUUCCAAACCUUCCCUAUGUUCAAUCCAUAGUGAAGGAAACAAUGAGGCUUCACCCCACUGGGCCUUUAAUAGGGAGGCAAACCACUGAAAAUUGUAAUAUUAAUGGGUAUGACAUUCCAGCAAGGGCCUCUGUGUUUGUGAAUAUAUGGGCCAUUGGUAGGGACCCGAAUCAUUGGGAAAGCCCACUUGAGUUCAAGCCAGAGAGGUUCCUUGAUGAAGAGGGACAAAGCCCACUAGACCUGAAGGGACAAAAUUUUGAACUUUUGUCAUUUGGAGCUGGAAGGAGAAGUUGCCCUGGAGCUUCACUAGCUUUGCAGAUUAUUCCCACAACCCUAGCUGGAAUGAUUCAGUGUUUUGAAUGGAAGGUUGGUGAAGAUGGGAAUGGAAUGGUUGACAUGGAAGAAGGACCUGGAAUGGCUCUUCCUAGGGCACAUCCCUUGCUAUGUGUCCCUGAGGCUAGGUUCAAUGCUUUUGCUCUAGUCUAGUUUAUGCUUGUGCUUGUUUUAUCAUAUAAUUACUGAUCAAGAAGAAGAAGAAUAAAAAGAACACAAUUCUCUUUCUUGUAAGCAAAUUUAGAAAGAAAUGUUGAUUAGUGUGUGUAUGUGUUGA